AUGGGCUUCCUAACCGGAGUGACCCGCGGGCUGGUCCGGGGAGCGGACAGGAUGAGCAAAUGGACCAGCAAACGCGGCCCACGCACGUUCUACAAGAGCCGGGGCGCCAAGGUCACCGGCGUGCACGCGCCCGGCCGCAGGUUCGUGGUAAUUAAGGAGAUGGUCCCCGAGUUCGUGGUCCCCGAUCUGACCGGCUUCAAACUCAAGCCCUACGUAAACUACCGCACCCCAGAGGGCACAGAGAGCCCUCUGACGGCCAAGCAGCUCUUUGUACAGGCGGUCGCCCCUGCUGUUGAGAAGGAUUUUAAAGCAGGGACCUUUGAUCCCGACAACCUGGAAAAGUACGGCUUUGAGCCGACACAGGAAGGCAAGCUUUUCCAGCUGUACCCCAAGAAUUUCCCGAGAUAG